GUAUCCUCAUGCGAGAAACGCCUACUUACAGUUGUGGCUGUCGCACAAUCAUGUGUUGUCAGCACUGCCCGGUCAGCCUCGCGUCGCAGUGCAGGCAAGCUGCGCCUCCCGCUCUCGAUGUUCGAAACAUAGCCUACCUAACAAUCAACUGAUAUACUGCAGCACGUAGACGCUCAGUCUAUUCUCACUUUCGACUCAGCAUAUUGUCACUUUGCGCUCACAACGAAUCUUGCAGCUAAGAUCUCAACGCCCUGCGCGAGCGAGCCACCGUGCGCUAUCGAUUUCCUCAGCCUGCUUCAAGGGUUCGAGAGUCCUGUCUACCGCUCGCGUAUGUAGACACGUACAUGACCCGAUGCGACUGCUAUAUACCACAAGCGAGGGGAGGCUCAAGCGGACCGAGGACUUGACCGGUGACAAGGUCCCCACCUAUGCGAUCCUGUCGCACACCUGGAAGGACGGGCAGGAGGUGACCUUCGGCGAUCUGGAGAAUGUCGGCAAUGUGGCAGACAUUGACGCGCAAAGCAGUGAGGGAUUUCAGAAGCUCGGCUUUUGCGCGCAACAGGCUAUGCGUGACGGCCUAGAUCAUUUCUGGGUAGACACCUGCUGCAUCGACAAGUCGAACAGCUCAGAGCUUCAAGAAGCGAUCAACUCUAUGUUUCGAUGGUACCAGAACGCAGUGAGGUGUUAUGUCUACCUUGCGGACGUCGAGAACGAUACUCCGGAUGGAGAUGGCACGUCAUCUCUCAGGAAGAGCAGAUGGUUCACCCGAGGCUGGACACUCCAGGAGCUUCUUGCUCCCCAAUCAGUCGAGUUUUAUUCUAGAGAGGGAGCGCUGCUGGGGAACAGGGAGUCUCUCAAGCACACUAUUCACGAGGUUACAGGCAUCUCCAUCGAAGCUCUAUCAAGGAGUAAUCUGUCUAACUUCAGUGUUGCUGAACGUUUCUCUUGGGCAGAAAACCGGGAGACGACGCGCGAAGAAGAUAGAGCGUAUUGUCUGUUUGGCAUAUUUGGCGUCUAUCUUCCGCUAAUCUAUGGCGAGAACAAAGAGAACGCACUCGACCGGCUGAGAAGUGCGGCUGUUGCAAAGAACAACAAGGGCCGCAGUCAAGAGCAGGAAGCGAGGCUCGGCAAGAUCCGCAGAUGGCUAGCUGCGCCGGACCCGUCCACGAACUACCACAAAGCGCACAAGCAGCGGCAGGCUGAGACCGGACUCUGGCUGUUGGAAAGUGCAAAAUUCGCUGAAUGGAAGGGGAGUGUAGCAUCGCAACUCUGGCUGCAUGGGAUCCCAGGAUGUGGAAAGACCAUCCUGAGCUCUACUAUCAUCGAGCAUCUGCUGCAGCACUGCCAUGAUGACAGCAAUACAGUGACGGUGUACUUUUACUUCGACUUCAAUGAUACACAGAAACAGGAUCCAGAGCUGAUGCUCCGCUCGUUGCUCUGCCAGCUCCAGCAGCGUCCAUUUAUAGUACCUGAAGGUGUUGACGCGUUAUUUUCGUCCUGCGAGAACGGACAACGACAGCCAUCAUUGCAUGCACUUUUAGACGUGACACGGCAGGCGAUGCAACAGUUCACGCAUGUCUACGUUGUUCUGGAUGCGCUCGAUGAGUGUACACAACGCUCAGAACUAAUGGACAUGCUUGCAACAGUGGCUAAGUGGCGACUUAACAACGUGCAUCUGCUCAUGACCAGCCGGAAAGAACGAGAUAUCGAGAGUUCUCUGGAGAGUUACGUCCGGGAAGAGGACACCGUCUGUCUUCAGGGGGACUUGGUGGACAAUGACAUACAGCGAUACGUUCAACAAAGGCUGUCUGACGAUAAGAAGCUGGCAAAAUGGAACAAAGACGCCGCCAUUAGGCAAGAGAUCGAAGCUGCAAUGAUGCACGGGGCUCGUGGGAUGUUCCGAUGGGCUGUGUGUCAGCUUGACGCACUAAGAGAGUGUCGCAAUCGAGCGAUGCUGCGCAAGUCACUCGCUACUUUGCCACGGACGCUAGACGAGACAUACGACCGCAUCCUCUCUGCUAUAAGCGAGGAAGACUGCGAGUACGCAGUGCGCAUCCUGCAGUGGCUGACAUUCUCUGCGCGGCCACUGUCCGUCGAGGAGAUUGCCGAAGUUAUCGCCAUCAACGUAGCGCGCGACCCAGCGUUCGACCGUGAUGAAGUGCUAGAAGAUCCGCUAGAAGCGCUGAACAUCUGCUCUAGCCUAGUCACCAUUACAACGAACAGGGCGGAAGUAGGACAUCACUCCACACAACGUAUCAUCGCUCUAGCACACUAUUCGGUCCAGGAAUACCUUGUGUCAGACAGGAUUGCGAAAGGAUCAGCAAAGCAGUACAGUAUGCAAGAAGUUGACUGCCAUGAUGCGAUAGCACAAAGCUCCUUAGCGUACCUGAUGCAGUUCCAGCAACCAUUAUCAAGAGAAAUUCUUGAGGCAUCUGCGCUCGCAAGGUACACAGCAGAGUUCUGGAGUAGCCAUCUUCGAAAGUCAGGAGAUAAGGCGGAAGGAGCAAUUCGACUAGCGUUGGGUCUAUUGUCGAUGGAAAACAACGCAUAUUUCACCUGGAUCCAGUUGUAUGAUCCGGAAAUGCCCUGGGCCAAGCCAGACCUGAAAAAAGGUACGGUCACAAAAGUGAUGUUGAGCCACGGCGCCGACGUCAACGCGCAGGGUGGACGCUACGGCAACGCACUGCAGGCAGCUUCAGCUGAAGGCCACGAGCAGGUAGUGAAGAUGCUGCUUAACAAAGGCACUAACGUUAACGUUAACGCACAGGGUGGACGCUACAGCAACGCACUGCAGGCAGCUUCAAUAGAAGGCCACAAGCAGGUAGUUAAGAUGCUGCUUAACAAAGGCGCUAACGUUAACGUUAACGUACAAGGUGGAUACUACAGCACUGCACUGCACGCAGCUUCAGCGGAAGGCUACGAGCAGGUAGUUAAGAUGCUGCUUGACAUAGGCGCCAACGUUAAUGCACAAGGUGGACACUUUGGCAACGCACUGCAGGCAGCUUCAUACAGGGGCUACGAACAGGUAGUUAAGAUACUGCUUGAUGCA